UUCAUUAACUGACAGUAUAUGUCUGUAUGUUUUAGUUGGAUAUAAAAUAUUGCCAUACAAAAUGCCUUUAAAUAUUAGAGCAAAACCUGCUCAGAGCAAGCUGUCUGCUGUGUCAAAGAGUAGUGGACAUGCUGCCGCCAGUGUGCCCCAUUCUCGUGUUUCCAGAGCUCCUAAACAUUCAAAAGGCAAGACUUUAACUUCAACUCCAGGUUGCCGCUCUGGUCUAGAGCCGGGCUCAGUGUCAGGGGGUGUGCCUGCACCCAUCUCCCGACCAGCUGGACCAGGGUCUCUUUCAAGAUCCAGUUUGAAGGUGAAACAGAACACAGCAUCAGCAAAACCAACCAACUAUGGCCUGGCAAGUGGCUCGGGAGGGAAGACCCUGUCCAUGGAGAACAUACAGUCUGUAAGUGCUGCCUAUGCCACUUCAGGCACAAUGUAUCCCAGUGACUGUGAUCCCUCAGAGCAGUCUGGGCAUCCCAAAGUCAGUUUGACUCUAGGCCGGAACACUAACCACUCUUACACUGGACGACCGGCAGCCUCUGGCAGCAGCCCAAACAUAGCCUCAUCUGGAUCACCACAACCACGGUCAAACCAACAUGGAGACCAGAACAUACACAGCACAUGUGGUCCACAGCAGCAGUCUGGACGACAUCCACAGAGUCUGCAGGUUUCUACAUUUGAUCUCCAUACUCAGCUGAGGGAACUAAGGAGAGAAAAUGAUCACCUAAAGCGAGAAAUGGAUGGAGCAAGAGAAGAAAGAGUUGGUCCUAACAGCAGUGCCAGUAUGUGGAGCAAUUCUGAAAUAAAGCAAGGAAAAGGGCUCAUGUCAGAGGACAGAAUGAGAGGCUCAAUUCUCAAAGACCAGUACAGGAACCAGCAAGACCAGCACAGGAACCAGCAAGACCAGCACAGGAACCAGCAAGACCAGCACAGGAACCAGCAAGACCAGCACAGGAACCAGCAAGACCAGCACAGGAACCAGCAAGACCAGCACAGGACUCUGGAUUCGUCUGCGGAGAACUACUUCCGCUUACAGUCAGAGCAUGAUCGUCAAGCCAAAGAGCUGUUCAUGCUGAAGAAAACCAUGGAGGAGAUGGAGAAGAGGAUAGACUGUCAGAAACAGACACUGGGGGCCCGUGACGAGAGCAUACAGAGGCUGCUGGAGAUGCUGCAAGGCCAGAGUCAGAACCAAAGGAGCUGGGGGCAAAGAACUGGGGUUAUCUCCGCGGCAACUCAAGAGGCUGAAGCCCAACUGGAAAACAUGCAAACCAGAGAGGAGCUCCAUCGCCGGAACCAGCUCCAGGCUGAGCCGGUCAAAAGCAGGGCUCUGCAAACUGUCAUCGAUAUGAAGGACACCAAAAUCUCAUCCCUGGAGAGGAACAUCAGGGACUUAGAGGAUGAUGUCCAGAUGUUAAAGACCAGUGGCCUGCUGCACCCUGACGACAGGCAGGAUGAGCUCAAGCAGGUGGAGGUCUACAAGAGCCACUCGAAAUUCAUGAAGACUAAGAUUGACCACCUGAAGCAAGAAAUGAACAAGAAGGAGACUGAGAUGCAGACUUUACAGACCAAGUUGGACACACUGGCCAAUCAGAACUCAGACUGCAAGCAGCACAUCGAGGUGUUGAAGGAGUCACUCACCGCCAAGGAGCAGCGUGCCAAUACUCUUCAGACAGAGGUUGAUGCUCUGCGGGUGCGUCUGGAGGAGAAAGAGCAGUUUCUGACCAAAAAGACGAAACAGUUGCAAGAUCUGUCUGAUGAGAAGAGCACGCUGACCGGAGAGAUACGGGAUCUCAAGGACAUGCUGGAGGUCAAGGAGAGGAAAGUCAACGUCCUGCAAAAGAAGAUCGAAAACCUGUUGGAACAAUUGAGAGAUAAAGACAAACAGCUGGCCGGUUUAAGGGAAAGAGUCCAAGGCCUUCAAACUGACUCGAGUAACACCGACACAGCUUUGGCCACACUAGAGGAGGCCCUAUCUGAAAAGGAGCGUGUAAUUGAGAACCUGCGAGAACAAAAGGACAGAGAGGACAGGAUGAGGCUGGAGGACAUGGAGCUUCUGAAGAAAGAAAACCAGGAACUAAAAGACAAACUGUCCACCAUCCAACCUCAGAGACUACUGCAGACCAACAACCAACCCGCAAGCCCCACCUCCGGACAAACCCAGCGCAUGGAAGCAGAGACGCCGAGUUUAAACGGGACAUCGCGAAGCCCUGACAUCACCGAGCGUCUGAGGCUGCUGGAGCAGGAAGUGUCCCGUUACAGAGAGGAGUCGGUCAAGUCCCAGGCCGAAGUGGACAGGCUCAUGGCGGCUCUGAGGGACGCAGAGACAGACCGAUCCUUCAAGGACAAAAAGAUAUCUGACCUGGAGAGGUGAGGGCAAAUCAGAUCUCCCAACAUCCAGAAGCAGAGUAUCCCAGCUGAGAUGAGAAGGGAUGCGGUGCCAGACGGACACGCACACCCACAUUCUUUAUCACAGCUUACUUCCUCGACUUCCCAGGAUGCAAUGCGGGAGACGGCCGAGCGGAUUGGGGAGUUGGAGAAGGCACUGAGGGACAGCAUGAAAACGUCUGCACAUAGAGAGGCGUUGUGGGCACAGGAGGAGACCGCACGAGUUCAGGCUCAAAGACAGUUGGAGGAGUUGAUGAGGGCCUUGGAGAAGACCCGUGAGGAGCUUGAUGCCACCAAGAUGCGCCUGUCCACCACUCAGCAGUCCUUACACGAGAGGGACGGUCAUCUCAACAACCUACGCCAAGAACGAAGGAAACAACUGGAAGAAAUCCUGGAAAUGAAGCAACAGGCUCUACUGGCAGCCAUCAGUGAAAAGGACGCUAACAUCGCUCUUCUGGAGAUAUCUGCCUCCAAUCGGAAAAAGGCCCAGGAAGAAGUGAUGGCCCUGAAGAGAGAGAAAGACAGACUCAUGCACCAGUUAAAACAGCAGACGCAGAAUAGAAUGAAGCUAAUCUCAGACAACUAUGAAGAGGAGCCACUGCACCCCCAGCACCACCCCCACCACUCCCACCAUCUGCACACAGCGAACAUGCACCACCGAAGUCUGCCGAGAGGGCCCCCACACGCCAACCACCGACCUCACAUAGACCAGGACGAUGAAGAGGGGAUUUGGGCAUGACAGCCACCUCCAGUGCACCUUUCAUAGUGGUGAGGCGUGUCUGUUUACCAUGUGUCAAAGGUGGACAGAGAACAGUGGGAUUAUCCGUGCAAAACCCAAGCCACAUAUUACAGAGCCAUGGCAAUUACAAGUCUGAUACUAAUUUAUAGUGGUCUGCAGCGC